CACAUAGUAAUGAUAGAUAAUUUAGGUUUUUUUUUCUGUUUCAGGCCAAAUGGAACGUUGUUAGUGGGCUUGCGAGCAGUGGAACAACAAGAGCAUAAUCCAUUAGGUACAAUCUAUGAUGCAAAACGUUUCAUCGGCAAGAAAUUCUCAGCGGAUGACCCAGAAUUCCAGGAUGAUAAGAAGCGAUAUCCGUUUAAAAUCGAUUUGGAUGACGAAGGAAGUGUAUAUUUUACUGUACCAUUGGAAUCUGGUAAAGUAAAGAAAAUUAGACCUGAAGAAGUUGGUGCGAUAAUAAUCGAUUAUCUUCGAAAAGCAGCUGAAAAGAAGUACCGAACGAAAUUCAAACAAGGCGUUAUUUCGGUGCCAGCCGAUUUCGAUGAUGCACAGCACUGUCUUUUUAUCAAACGAGACUAUUUUGGUAUUUUUUCAGGGAUCGAAUGUCGACGUGUGAUCAGUGAACCGACGGCAGCUGCUCUCGCUUACGGUUUACAUAAGAAAAAGGGUGUUCAGUAUAUUAUUGUUGUUGAUUUGGGUGGUGGAACGUUGGAUGUUUCGAUAUUAUGGUUGCAAGGUGUUAUGUUUAUGACGAUAGCAAUGGCCGGUAACAAUAGGCUUGGCGGACAGGAUUUUAAUGAUCGUGUUCAGCAUCAUUUGAUGGAGUUUAUACGAAAAAAUCGUGGGAAGGCGCUUGGAGAUAAGGGAGAUAUCCAGCAAUUACGACUUGCUAUUGAAGCGGCCAAAAUCCAGCUCACUACGUUUCCUGUUACAAAUAUCGAUUCGAAUUUGCAAUCGCUUGGAAAAUUCCACUACAGGGUAGUGAUUUUACAGUUUUUUUUAUUGACUGAACUUACGCGAGAAGAAUUUGAAGCUCUGAACGAGGAUUUGUUGGAAAGUGUUACUGAACCAAUAGAAGCGGCGUUAAAUGAUGCUGAAAUUACGGCAUCUGAUAUUGAUGAGAUUGUUCUUGUCGGUGGUUCCACACGCAUUCCACGUGUACGAUCUGUGCUUACGCGAGAAGAAUUUGAAGCUCUGAACGAGGAUUUGUUGGAAAGUGUUACUGAACCAAUAGAAGCGGCGUUAAAUGAUGCUGAAAUUACGGCAUCUGAUAUUGACGAGAUUGUUCUUGUUGGUGGUUCCACACGCAUUCCACGUGUACGAUCUGUGGUUGGCAGUUAUUUCGGAAAAGCGCCAAAUCACGGUGUAAAUCCCGAGCUAGCUGUUGUAACCGGUGCUGCAGUGCAAGCUGGUGUUAUUGGUGGUGGAUGGCCUCUUCAGGUUUGCGUGUUUUUGCUUAGCAAAAUGAAAUUAACAAAGGUUGUGCUGAAGUGCGAACUGCCGUAG